GCUAGCUAGUGUAUGCCAAUCUAGUCCAUCGUACAGACACGGCAAUUGUUAUACUCUCAUUCUCCUCUUCCUCAAGACUCGUGUGGCUUGGAGGAUAAUAGCUGAAGCCUUGAAUAUUUGCGUGGCUUUGCUUAAAUGCUCGUUUAUAUGUCAGGAUGUGGGUCUUGAGAUAAGUGAAGAUGAAAAUAUGGAAAUGCGUGUUUUGAGGAAAGCUUAUCAGAGAGAAUGUUCUGGUGAAACUGGCGAGGAAAUUGAUGAAAUAUGGAUUAAUACAAAAGGACAGUGAUAAUAGUUACAAUAAUAAUAAUAAUAAUAAUAAUAAUAAUAAUAAUAAUAAUAAUAAUAAUAAUAACAAUAAUAAUAAUAAUAAUAAUGAUAACAGUGCUGCUACUCCAGUUGCUUAUAAAGAAUUCAUAAAGACAACAUAAAUCAGAUAAAACAAAGAAAAAUCAAGAAAAUAAGAACAAGACACCCGCCUCCCACUUUCCAUAAAGACAAAACACAACAGAAAACUGGGAAUAAUAGAAAACUGGGUUAUAGAAAACGUAAAGAGUCUGAAGAGAGUUUCCAUGAGCUAGGAGCGUUCCACCAUGGCGUUCUCCUGGCUGUGGAAGAAACUGAGGGGGGAUGAGAAGCCACCAGAGAAACACCACGACAGGAGACCAAGCAACGCAGGGCAGAGAAACCCCGCUCAUGGACUCGUCAGCCACCGCUCUGGGUCAGUGUCAGAAAAGCACGAGGUCCUCUCAGCCCACCACUCCACCUCCUCCACCUACUACGCCGUACCCUCUCAAACACAGGACCUCCGUAAAGCCAGUAAUCAUUCUAUAUCUACGCUGGACACGCCUUGGGGGACGCCCUCUGAGAACCCGACGGAGGAGCAGACGGUGGUGGCCCUUAAUGAUUACAAAGGGCGCACGGACGAGGACCUCUCAUUCAGGAAGGGCGAACAUCUGGAGGUGCUGAAGGAGGCGUCAGAGGGGUGGUGGUACGCGAGGAGUCACGUGACGGGGCUCUGUGGCUACAUCCGUGCCUACAUCGCUAGACUCAAGAGCAUAGAAGCGGAGCCGUGGUUCUUCGGUGACAUCACACGGGGGGAUUGUGAGCGCCGCCUGCUUGCCGCCGCCAAUGACCACGGCUCCUUUCUCAUUCGCAAGGCAGAGUCUCGCAAGAAUGAAUACUCCCUCUCAGUUCGGGACAUGACAAAGGUGAAGCACUACAGAAUUCGACCAAAGGACCACGGCGGCUUCUUCAUCUCCCGUAAAGACCCCUUCCCUUCCCUGCACGACCUGGUGGACUACUACAGCAAGGGCGCCCACGGCCUCUGCACCAGACUCAACAAGCCCUGCGUCAAGGUGGACACGCCGGAGACACAGGGGCUCUCGCACGACACCUGGGACGUGUGGGAGAUUCACAAGGACCAGGUGGAGCUGCUGAGAAAGCUUGGUUCGGGGCAGUUCGGCCACGUGUACGAGGGACGCUGGAACAAGACGGUGCCUGUUGCAGUGAAGACUUUGAAACCUGGCAGGAUGAACCCCCACGACUUCCUGGAGGAGGCGCAGAUCUUGAAGAACCUGCGCCACCCUAAACUUCUGCAGCUGUACGCGGUGAGCACCCACGAGGAACCUUUCUACAUCAUUACGGAACUUAUGCGGAACGGCUCCCUCAUCGACUACUUACGAGAUCGGAGCCGGAACCCGCUGUCACUGAUGGACCAGGUGCACAUCGGGGCGCAGGUGGCGGAGGGGAUGCAGUACCUCGAGUGGAAGAACUACAUCCACAGGGACCUCGCCGCCAGAAACGUCCUCGUCGGGGAGAACUUAACGGUCAAGGUGGCUGACUUCGGCCUCUCGCGUCUGGUGCAGGAGGAUGAGUAUCUGGCGCAGGAGGGUGCUCGCUUCCCCAUCAAGUGGACGGCACCCGAGGCUCUAAGGUUCAACAAAUUCACCACAAAAUCUGACGUGUGGUCGUUUGGCGUGUUGCUGAUGGAGGUGGUCACUUCUGGGGCCAUUCCCUACCCUGGCAUGAACAACACGGAGGUGAUCGAGGCGCUGGAGAGAGACUACCGCAUGCCUCGUCCCGUCACGUGCCCGACCAAGCUGUACAACAUGAUGCUGCUCUGCUGGGCCCGGACUCCCUCCUUCAGGCCAACGUUUGAGGACCUUCACUGGCAGCUGGAUGAUUUCUUUAACUUUGAGGAAACGGAGCCUGACUAUAGGGACAUUUCUUAGAGGCCAUUGAAUAAGGGACAUUGCCUUAACCCCUUCAGUACUAUGACGCGUUUUUCGUAUUCAUUCUUACUAUACGGCGAUUUGAUACAGCUUCAGAAACAUACGGUGGGGGUUAAAAUAGUAAAGACUGUGGCCAUUGAUCUUUUGACCUCCAUAGACUCUUUCUAAAGUAAAUAAAAUCGUCUAAUUACACCAACAAUGCAUAAUAAAAACGCGUUCCAGUAUUGAAGGGGUUACGGGGACACUGUUUAGGGGAUAUUGUUUACGGGACAGAUAGAGACAAGUAUGCCAGUCUUCAGAAAUGCUUUGAUCUCAUUGCCAUUGUUUUACAAAAGCCACAGAGAUGAUAGGACUGUUUCCAGUGUCAAUAAAGUGACAAUUUUGUACAGACAUCCUUAAAACCCCUUGGCCAGUACUCGGAAAGGAUUUGAUCUCAUUACCACUGUUUUCAAAGACCACAGAGAUGAAUAGCAGGGUUCUCAAAAGUGUUUACCCAGCUAAUAAUGAGAAAACUUGUUAAUUUGUCAUUAGAGCCGUCAAAAAUUCUUAAAACACGAGGCCAGUAUCCAGAAAAGCUUUAAUCCCACUGUCACUGUUUUCAAAGGCUACAGAGAUGAAUAGCAAGGUUCUCAAGAGCGUUUACUGUGUUAAUAAUGAGAAAACUUGUUAAUUUGUCAUUAGAGCCGUCAAAAAUCCUAAAAAAUACGUGGCCAGUAACCAGAAAAGCUUUUUAUCCCAUUGUCACUGUUUUCAAAGGCCACAGAGAUGAAUAGAAAGGUUCUUAAGUGUUUACAGUGUUAAUAAUGAGAAAAACUUGCUAAUUUGUCACUAGAACCGUCAAAAAUCCUUAAAAUACGUGGCCAGUACUUAGAAAGGAUUUGAUCUCAUUACCACUGUUUUUCAAAGGCCAUAGAGAUGAAUAGCAAUGUUCUCAAGAGUGUUUACUGUGUUAAUAAUAAGAAAAACUUGUUAAUCUGUCACUAGAACCGUCAAAACAUCCUUAAAACACGUGGUCUUUAUUCAGAAAGGCUUUGAUCCCAUUGUAAUUGUUUUUUCAAAGGCCACAGAGAUGAAUAGCAGGGUUCUAAAGAGUGUUUCUCCUGCUAGUAAUGAGAAAAUCUUGUUAAUCUGUCACUAGAAAAGUUAAAAUAUCCUUAAAAAAGACGUGGCCACUGUUUUCAAAUGCCACAGAGAUGAGCAGCAGAGUUUUCAAGAGUAUUUACCCUGUUAAUAAUGUGAAAACCUUGUUAAUUUGUCACUAGAACAGCAAAAUUAACCUUGAAAGGCCCUGUAACAUAUUGAAAAGGCAAGUAUUCUGAAAAAAAAAACAUCCUUAAAAAAACGUGGCCAAUGUUUUCAAAGGCCACAAAGAUGAGUAGCUGGGUUUUCAAGUGUCUACUCUGUUAAUAAUGUGAAAAUCUUGUUAAUAUCACAAGAACAGCAAAAAUAACCUUGAAAACCCCUGUAACAUAUUGAAAAAGCGAGUAUUCUGAAACCCUCUACUCUUGCCACGACUGUUUAUAAAGGCCACAUGUUAAUAGCCAGGUUUUCAAAAAAUGUUUAUCCAAUUAAUAAUGUGAAAAAUUUGUUAAAAUGCCAUAAGAACUGUAAAAAAAAAAAAUAAAUAAAAAUGUGUAACCUUAAA